UACUUGCAGCGGAGAUUCUUUCUUCUUUCACCACCGGGUUCGAUACGGGUGAGACUCGUUGACUCACUGAGAUGAUGAUGCGGAAUAUAGCUGCUUCUGCUUCUUUUUAUUGCAGCAGCAGGAGAUGGAGAGGUUUUGCAAAGUGGGUGGAAUACAAGAUGCACAAAGGUUGUUCUUUGAGAUGCAAGAUUGUGGCCAACUUCCAAAUUUUCAAACUUAUGUUGUUCUACUGGAUGGCCUGUUUAAAAACCGACAACUUUCCAGGGCAAUGCAAUUGUUUAGAGAGAUCGAAGCGAAGAAGUUGGAUGUUAAUAUUGUGGUUUACACUGUUCUUAUUGAAGAUUUGUUCAUAGCUGGAAAAAUUGAAUCUGCAAGGGAUCUCUGAUGCAUCAAUCUCUUUUGUGGUUUAUCAUCAAAAGGACUUCAACCUAAUGUGUAGACAUACAAUAUAAUGAUUAAUGGACUAUGUAUCGGGGGUGUAAAAAGUGAAGCAGAAAAGUUGCUUGUCGAAAUGGAAGAGAAAGGCUGUUCUCCAGAUGGUUGCACAUAUAACACAAUUAUCAGAGGGUUUAUCAGUAACAAUGAGACAUCAAGAGCGAUGGUACUUAUUCAACA